AUGGGGCGACCAUUUCCCGCGUCCCCGCGGCGGCCGCUUGACUGCCGCGGUGUGUCUGUAAAGUAUCCAUGCUGCCCCGCGGACGACCGCGACGUCGAGCUGGUGCCGGACCUUCAGCAGUGGAGCUUUGCCGAGUUGCGCGAUUUGACUGAUACGCUCGACAGCGGCAAUCGCAUCAUCCUUGCACGCGGAACUGAAGAAGGCACACCAGGAGUGUUUGUGAUCAAGAAGAUGCCGCGUUCGGGCAAGCUCGGCCCGAAGAAUUUGAACGAGGUCUUCGCCUUGCUGGAAGUGGAGGAGGAGAAGCUCCCCGGCGUGCACAAGGCGUCCGCCGUGUUCAAGGACGCCGACUAUUUGUACGUCUUCAUGGAGCCGUACACCGGGGAUCUGUUCUACGACGCCGGCGAGGAGCAUGAGCAGGCGGUCCGCACACGGGCAACCCAGCUGCUGCAGGUGCUCCAGGUGUUACACCGCAGUGGCCGGGUGCACGGCGACGUGUGCCUCGAGAAGGUGGUCGUGGCCGACGAGUCCAACAUUCUCAGGAUCGUGGGCUACGCCCACAUGAUGAACGUGCACGCCCCGGGCGACACGCACAACGAGGCCCACGUGCCGCGGGACCGCGUGACUGGCAGGGCGCUCCUCAGGCCACCGGAGACGGUGAGCCCCCCCCCCGGCGCUUGCAGCUCGGCGAAGAAGCGGGACGUGUACCAGGCCGCGUGCACGAUCUUCGCGCUCGCGACGUCGGUCUACCCGUUCGCGACCGUGUGCGAGGCCCUGAGCCCAGCCCCACGGGCGGAGCUGCCGACGGGAGCUUGCGCGGCGAGCGUCAAGAAGCUCAGGAGGUACUUGCCCAGCGCCUCGCCCGAGCUCCAGGACUUCCUCGGCCGACUCAUCGCGCCAAAUCCCGACAGGCGGCUCACGGCCACGGAGGCGCUCGCACACCCAUCCCGGGUGUUGCCAGAGGUGCCCCUGGCCAGAGGCGUCCCCAGGACCUCCAGCUUGAGGCCCCCCCGCGGCCUCCAGAGGCCGUGGGCGGAAAGCAUGCAGUAGGCCCCGGUAGGCUCGCGUCGUGGCGACGCGGCGGCGAUCCCGCCGGCGCCGCCGAUCGGUCGAUGCUGAAUGAUCUGACGUU